AUGAUCAAAUGCAAACAAAUCUCAUCACUCUCUCAUUUCUCCACACACUUGAAAUCAUCAACCCCACCACUUUCCACAAUCUUCCGCACCCUCUGGCAAUCCGCAACAGAGGAUAACAACAACAGCAACAACAACAAAUGGAGCAUCUCACAUUACAUCAUAGACGACAAAAACCUCCUUCGUCCAAGUUUCACCUCAACCGGUCUCCACGUUCUAGACCUCAUCGACAAUGGUUCCCUCCAACCGAACCGGACCAUUUACAACAAGCUCUUAAAGAGAUGCACAAUGUUAGGGAAACUCAAACAAGGGAAAUUAGUUCAUGCCCAUAUCGUUGAUUCUGAGCUUAAGCACGAUUUAGUUAUUCAAAAUUCAAUUUUGUUUAUGUAUGCGAAAUGUGGAAAUUUGGAACUUGCUCGCCAAGUGUUUGAUGAAAUGAGUGUUAAAGAUGUGGUGAGUUGGACUUCGAUGAUCACUGGGUAUUCGCAAAACGAGCGUGCUAGUAGUGCGAGUAGUGCACUUGUUUUGUUUCCUGAGAUGAUACGUCAUGGAUCGAAACCAAAUGAGUUUACAUUGUCGAGUUUGGUGAAGUGUUGUGGGUUUAUGCAGAGUUAUGUUGAUGGGAAGCAGAUUCAUGGGUGUUGUUGGAAGUAUGGGUUUCAGUCGAAUGUGUUUGUGGGGAGUUCGCUUGUGGAUAUGUAUGCUAGGUGUGGGUAUUUAAGGGAAGCGCGAUUGGUUUUCGAUGAGCUUGAGAGUAAGAAUGAAGUUUCUUGGAAUGCUUUGAUAUCUGGAUAUGCAAGGAAAGGUGAAGGAGAGGAGGCUUUGGCUUUAUUUGUGAAGAUGCAAAGGGAGGAUUAUGGAGCAACGGAUUUUACUUAUUCGGCUCUUUUGUGUUCUUCUUCGAGCACAGGGUCUUUGGAGCAAGGGAAAUGGCUUCAUGCACAUAUGAUGAAAUCAGGAAAGAAGUUAGUUGGUUAUGUGGGGAACACGCUUCUUCACAUGUACGCAAAGUCGGGAAAUAUUUGGGAUGCGAAGAAGGUUUUUGAUCGGUUGUUUAAGGUUGAUGUUGUUUCUUGCAAUUCCAUGCUGAUAGGGUAUGCUCAGCAUGGGUUAGGAAAGGAAGCUGUGGAUCUUUUUGAAGAGAUGAUGUUGUGGGUUGAGAUUGAACCCAAUGAUAUAACAUUCCUUUCUGUUCUGACUGCUUGUAGCCAUGCUGGACUUUUGGAUGAGGGUAAAUAUUAUUUUGAGUUGAUGAAGAAGUAUGACAUUGAACCAAAAGUCUCGCACUACACGACAUUUGUUGAUCUUCUUGGUCGAGCCGGUCUUCUUGAUCAAGCUAAGAGUUUCAUUGAAGAAAUGCCAAUCGAACCAACUGCAACUAUCUGGGGAGCUUUGCUUGGUGCAUCUAAAAUGCAUAAAAAUAUGCAAAUGGGUGCUUACGCCGCUCAAAAGGUUUUAGAGCUUGACCCUUUUUAUUCUGGAACACAUACGUUGCUUUCCAAUAUUUAUGCUUCUGCUGGUAGGUGGAAGGAUGUUGCAAAUGUGAGAAAGAUGAUGAAAGAUAGUGGGUUGAAGAAGGAACCAGCUUGUAGUUGGGUUGAGAUUGAGAAUUCUGUCCAUGUAUUUGUUGCAAAUGACAUUUCUCUUCCAGAUAAAGACAAGGUUUAUGGAAUGUGGGAGAAGCUAAAUCAGAAAAUUAAAGAGAUUGGUUAUGUUCCUGAUACAAGUCAUGUGCAUCUCUUUGUAGAUCAACACGAGAAAGAAUUGAAUUUGCAGUAUCAUAGUGAGAAGUUGGCUCUUGCUUUUGCCCUUCUGAAUACUUCACCAGGAUCCACUAUACGUAUAAUGAAAAAUAUCAGGGUUUGCGGUGAUUGCCACUCAGCAAUAAAAUAUGUGUCUUUGGUUGUGAAGAGGGAAAUCAUUGUUAGAGACACUAAUCGGUUCCAUCAUUUUCGUGAUGGCUUGUGCUCUUGUAGGGACUACUGGUAG